GAGAACCUGCGUUUCCACCCGUGCCUUCGCUGGGCACGCGCGUCGGCGCUGUCGGGAAGCCUGCCAGGCUUCCGGGGCGUCCGGACCGGGCGCGGAGACCCGUGGCUGCAGCAGCGCCCUCGGAAAGGCCGUGGCCGGCACAGCGGCGCCCCCGGGGUCGCGGAAAUCCCCCGGGGAGCUUGCCAGGCCGCGGGUUAGGGGAAGUGCCUGUGGUUACUGCCGCGGAGUUCCCCCACGUCCUGCGAGGAAAGCACCGGCCGCCACAGCGGGCCGCACGGAUGGGGGCGGGCCGGCAGGCGGAGACGCUAAAAGCCACGUCGGCCUCCCGCCCGCACCGGAGAGCCGGGCGACCACCGCCACCGAGGACACGGCCGGCUCCAGUCGCUGGCGCGCGGGGCCUCGGGCAGCGGGUUUUACAAAAGAGGCGAACUAUUCGACUUCUAGAUUUUUUCCAGUUUUUUCUAUAAACCACAACAUCUCAAAAUGGAGGCCUAAAACCCUUAAGAGGGACUUAGUCUAAUCUCCGGGAGGUAGUUUUGUGCAUGAAUAAACAAAUUCAGUAGUGAACUGGAAUUUCUGGUAUCCAAAGAAUGUUAAUUUAAUGAACAGAGGUCGUGUGACCAAAUCUAGCCAUAGGAGCUGUAACUGUAAAGUGACAAUAACCCUGAAUUUGAAUUUGACCGAGGGACAUGAAGGGGAAGUGAUUCUCGCUGGAACGUACUGUUGAGCCGCCGUCUGCAGUGCAGGAUACGGAAGAGGAACUCAUGAUUGGGAAGGAUGUAAAGAUGAGUGCAGUUCUCUAGAACAAAGAGUGACUAUUCUCCCCCUGCUGAAUUAGAGAAAUAUGCAGGAGAGACCGCUCACGGGUUGGAGUCAAGAACAGGGCGUCACGAUACCACACGUCGGGGGCGAGAAUGACACGUGAGCGUGCUCGAUGGGUAAAGAAACGAUCCCGCCCUUAGAUGACCGUUGACAUGUCAGGAGUCCAGACUUUAGUGUGUUCAGCUGUACUGUUCUCUCUGAGAAGGGUGACGGUGGAGAUGACAGCUGGGUGGUGACAUUUUGGGAAAUGAACAGAGAAGAGGUAUACAGAGACCGGGGUUAGCACCAGGAAGGUUUUACAGCAAUGUGGAACAUUUUUAUCCAAUGAAAAGCAAACCAAAGUGAGACACAGUGACUUAGCUUUGAGGGAACUCAUCACUGGUGUGGAGAUAACAUUUCUCAUGCCAUUCGGACAUAAAGCCUUGCCGUCUGCGGUGGGAGCCCCGGCGUCGGUGGGCCCCACGCGGCUUGUUAGCUGGUCCUGGGUGCAGACCCUACACGCACUGAUAGUCACCGCUGAGACUCUGAAUUUUAGGGAGAUCUCUGCUGGUCGAAAGGAGUAGACUGUAACAAAGUAAGUUUAUUAUUUUUUGUUUCGAUAAAUUCUGGUUCAAGGAAUUCUGUUGGUAAAAUUAUUUCUGACCAAAGCCAAAUUCGUGAGAUUUGAUUAUCCAUCUUAGCCUACAAAUUCAGCACUCCUUGAUUCUUUUAAAAAAUAAAUCCGUUAUCAGAAUAGAAGAUUUGGUAUUGUCUCUCAGCAGCAUGAAGCUGAGCCCAAAAAGACCACCUGAGCAAAUACAGUCAUCUCUGAGAAUUUAUUUGAAAUAGAAUAGUUCUAGUGGAAUCACUACGACUCAGCAAGCAAGCUCCUAACUAUGGGAAGUAAUUACUAUUUAAUAAAUUUUGAAACAGGCCUUAAGGUGCACCUGCCAGUUCUGUUCCUACUUAAGCUCAUCAUUCAUAGGAAAAUUCUAGAUCUUGUUCUCCCUAUUAAAAUUGUUAUAGGAAGGAAAAUUACUUAAUCUGAGCAAGAUUUGGGAUAUGCUGUAUUUCACUGCAUCCAAGACGUCAUUGAUUGUAAGACACACCGUCACUUUAAAUGCUUUUCGGAAAUAACAAUGCUGCUGAUUAGAAUAUGACAUGUUACUAGUUGGGGGAAACCUGAUAGCAGAGAUACUUAAAAGAUGCAGCCUAGCAUCAGUGAAAUGGGGUCGUGCAUUCUUGUUUUGAGGUAGGUCUUAGGCUGUUUCUCUUUUUCUGGCUUCCAAAUUUCACAAUUAAAAAAAAGCCAAACAAACCUAGUUAGAGUUUAGUUUCGGUGGAGCGCGUCCAGAGCCACUUUCCACCGUGUGGACAGGCUCGCUGCGUACGCCCCACGUCCCACCUGCAGGCCGCCGAGUGCCGCUGCCCCGGGGCCUGCGGGGCCCGGAUGCAGGGUGGCCUCUGAUGACCCAGAGUGCUCCACGCUCUCACCAAGGGUUUUGGUCUCGUUACGAGGUGCAGUGUUCCCUCCUGCUUACAACGUACGUGUAGGGAUUCGGCAAAGGGUCUGUACGGCCUUGUCCCUUACGACGUGUCCGUGCGGAACUCAGCCCGUCCGCCUGCCGACGCCGAAACCCAGGGCGGGAAGGGCUGGAGAUGUCCGGUGUGGACGCCCCACCUAGUAUUAAAGCUAACCAGUCAGGAGCCGUGCACAAAACUACCUCCCCAGAGACAGGCUAGUCCCUUUUCCUCCCCGUCCCCCUCACCAUGAACGUAGCACAGAGGAGCCAGCUCUCGUCCAGCCUGCCGAGCAGCACCCCCGCGUCUGAGCUGAGGUACGACCUUUCGUGCGAGCUGUACCGCAUGGCCACGUUCUCGGCGCUCCCCGCCGGCGUUCCCGUCUCCGAGAGGAGUCUGGCGCGCGCGGGCUUUUACUACACGGGGGUGAAGGACAAGGUCAGGUGCUUCUGCUGCGGCCUGAUGCUGGACAACUGGAAACCCGGAGACCGCCCGGCGGACAAGCACAGAACGCUGUACCCCAGCUGCGCUUUCGUUCGGAAUCUCAGCUCGGCCUGCGUUUCGGGAGCCAGCUCGCCGCCGCCGCCCCCCUCAGGAGCAAAUUGCACACACCCCCUGCCUCCCAGCUUGCAAAACACGGGCUACUUCCGUGGGUCCUACUGCAGCUUCCCGUCGAGCCCUGUGAACUGCAGAGCCAAUCAGGAGUGUGCUCCCUGGAGGCCCAGCGCCUGCGCGGGCGCCGUGAGAACCGUGGCAGACCGGUUACUCACCUUCCAGGCGUGGCCCCUGACCUCCCCGCGGGCUCCGCAGCUGGCAAGAGCCGGCUUCUACUACGUGGGACCCGGGGACAGAGUGGCCUGCUUCGCCUGCGGCGGGCAGUUGAGCAACUGGGAGCCCAACGACAAUGCUCUGUCCGAGCACCUGCGACACUUCCCCGACUGCCCCUUCGUGGAGAGUCAGCUCCAGGACGCCCUGAGGCGCACCGCGUGCAACCUGAGCAUGCAGACCCACGCGGCGCGCCUGAAAACCUUCUGCAGCUGGCCCGCCCGCGUCCCGGUCCACCCCGAGCAGCUCGCCAGCGCCGGCUUCUACUAUGCGGGUCACAGUGACGAUGUCAAAUGCUUUUGCUGUGACGGUGGACUGCGGUGUUGGGAGUCUGGAGACGACCCGUGGGUGGAGCACGCCAAGUGGUUUCCAAGGUGUGAGUACUUGAUACGCAUCAAAGGACAAGAGUUCAUCAGUCAGAUUCAAGCCAGUUACCCUCAUCUACUUGAACAGCUGUUAUCUACUUCAGACAACACAGAAGAUGAAAAUUCUGAAUCACCAAUUGUCCAUUUUGGACCUGGAGAAAGUUCUUCAGAAGACGCCGUCAUGAUGAACACCCCCGUGGUGACAGCCGCCUUGGAGAUGGGCUUCAGCAGAAGCCUGGUGAGGCAGACGGUGCAGAGUAAGAUCCUGACCACCGGGGAGAACUACAGAACCGUCAGCGAUAUCGUGUCUGAUUUGCUUCAUGCGGAAGACGAAAUAAGGGAAGAGGAGAAAGAAAGAGCAGCUGAGAACAGAGAAUUAGAGGACGUAUCGUUGGUCCGGAAGAACAGAAUGGUGCUUUUCCGGCACUUGAGCGACGUGGCCCCGAUCCUGGAUAGUCUGCUUGCCGCCAGAGUGAUCGAUGAGCGGGAGCGCCGCGCGCUCCAGCAGAAGACACACGCGUCUGCGCACGCGAGGGAGCUCAUCGAUACCGUGCUGGCCAAGGGGGGCUCGGCCGUCUCCGUGUUUAAGAGCUCUCUGCAAGAGAUCGACCCCGUGUUGUACGAGCGCUUCUUUGUGCAACAGGACAUAAAGCACCUUCCCCCGGAAAACGCCUCAGACCUGCCGCUGGAAGAACAGCUGAGAAGGCUGCAGGAGGAGAGGACGUGUAAAGUGUGCAUGGACAGAGAAGUCUCCAUCGUCUUCAUUCCUUGUGGGCACCUGGUCGUGUGCCGAGACUGCGCCCCGUCCCUGCGGCGAUGUCCCAUCUGCAGGGCUGCCGUCAAGGGCAUAGUGCGCACGUUUCUUUCGUGAAGAAGGUCCCGAACUCCGUCUACGCUUCUGAAUUAAUGGGUUCAACGUAUUGUGAUUUUGACAUCCUUAAGAUGUUUUAUCUAUUGCAACUCAAAGCUGUUUUAUGUAAAUACAUAAAUAUGCGUGUGAACCCUCGCGCCCUGUGUGCAGGGACAGCACUGCGAGCACAGAACUGGCUCAGAGUCAGUGCUGCUUAGUCAGACCUGAGUGAAGCUUCGGGAUUCUGAGGGCCCGGCAGUCGUAGUGAGAAACCGGAGCGCGAAUGGUCUGCCUUCCUCCAUCCAUGUCCUGCAUGGAGAAGGUCUUGCUGUUUGUUGAAUGACUUUCUGGGCACUUGGUGCUUUGUAAAGAAUUCUGUGAUGAACAUUUUAAUAAAGCCAUCAAAGUCA